AUGUCUGCCGCUCAUGGACUUCUCAACAGCGUCUUCUCCUGCUCCUCUCCUGCUUCCAAAGCCAUGACCAAACGGAGGCUACGCCAAACCCGGAGCUUGGACCCUGCUAUCAUAAGAAAUUGUGGCUCCAGGACGGAGGAAGCAAGUGGAGCACCGUCUUGUACAGGUGCGUCUCCGGAGCGCUUGGCCGUGAUACCGGCUUCACGCACCAAGACUUUGACAGUAAAGGAGCCCGUAGCGCCGUCCCUUUCUGCUCCUUCUAUACCUUUGGAUGUUUCUCCAUCCUCCAACUUUCACUUUGACUAUGAUCCAGCGAAGCGUGCCAAAAGGAAUACCGCCGGGGAUUUACCGUUUCUAGUGAGGAGCCCCGUUGUUGCGCAUGCCGGGAGCACCGGCACACUGUUCUCCCCAAGGAGGUGGCUCCAGAGGAAAGUGCAGCCGACCAGCGCUCAUGCUUACGUUGUGUGGAAGUCAGAGGGUGAUUUCACCUGGAGCAGCCUGUCAGGGCGGAGUGUGCGUCUGACGCCGGUUGCCAUCCAGAGCCUAUCAGAGCUGGAGAGGGCCAGGCUGCAGGAAGUGGCCUACAGCCGUUUACACCAGGACUAUGACCUGGGAUGUCAGAUAACCAUGCCAAAAGAUGGACAGAAGAGGAAAAAGUCGCUGAGGAGGAAGUUGGACUCUUUAGCGAAGGAGAAGAGUAAAGACAAAGAAUGCAUCCCCCAGGCCUUCAGCAUACCCCUCUCUCAGGUCAUUGCUAAUGACAGAACGCAGAGGCAGCGUCAGGACAGCUUUCGUCAGGAUCCUCCACAGCGUGAGGAGCACAAGGAUGCCUCAGACCUCGUCUCAUCCAUUUUACAGUUUGCCACCAAGCGGCCGUCCAACAAAGAACUAUCCAGCAGUAACUCCUCACUGAGCUCCACAUCGGAGACAGCCAAUGAGUCCACGUCGCCCAACACGCCUGAGGCUGCACCGCGAGCGCGCAGGAGGGGAGGGAUGUCAGUGGACUCCAUCACAGACCUGGAUGACAACCAGUCCCGCCUGCUAGAGGCGCUGCAGCUUUCUUUGCCCGCUGAAACGCCCAGUAAAAAGGAGAAGCACCGGGACAAACGGCUGAGCCUCAACCCCAUCUACCGUCAGGUGCCUCGGGUGGUCGACAGCUGCUGUCAGCAUAUCGAGAAAAAUGGUUUGCAGACUGUGGGGAUUUUUCGAGUGGGCAGUUCCAAGAAGAGAGUUCGACAGCUACGUGAGGAGUUUGAUCGUGGUGUCGAGGUCCAGCUGGACGAAGAACACAGCGUUCAUGAUGUGGCUGCUCUGCUGAAGGAGUUCCUCAGGGACAUGCCUGACCCGCUGCUCACCAAGGAGCUCUACACUGCCUUCAUAAACACCACAUUGUUAGACUCAGAUGAGCAGCAGACUGUCACUCAGCUACUGGUCUACCUGCUCCCAGCAUGCAACAGUGACACUCUCCACCGUCUGCUUGAGUUCCUAUCCACCGUGACCAACCACGCCCACGACCGGCAGGACAAAGAAGGACAAGAGAUCACUGGAAACAAGAUGACAUCUUUAAACCUAGCCACCAUCUUUGGCCCCAACCUACUCCACAAGCAGAAGAGCUCAGACAAGGAAUUCAGCGUCCAGAGCUCAGCCAGGGCUGAGGAGAGCACUGCCGUCAUCGCCGUGCUGCAGAAGAUGAUCGCCAGCUACCAAACCCUCUUCAUGGUGCCACCUGACUUACAAAAUGAGGUUUUGAUGAGCCUGCUGGAGACUGACCCAGAUGUGGUGGACUACCUUCUGAGGAGAAAAGCAUCACAGAGUCCUGACCUGAUGCAGGCAGAGGAGCCUUUCACCCUGAGCGAGCGCCGCUCCUCUAGUGACUCUAACAAGGUGUCCAGUGGUGAGGUGUCACCGUAUGACAACAAUUCCCCAGUCCUAAGUGAGAGGAGAGGAGAACCAGAGAGCCCAGGGAGCGAGCAUCUCUUCCGUGUCCCUGAACAGUACGCUCUGGUGGGGCAGGUGGCCGGCUGGAGCAGAGAGCCUGGAGCUGACCCCUGGGCUGCUAAAGAGGAGCACGCUAACAUUUGGGGGACGUGGCACUCUACUCUCAAACCAGCACUCAAAGACCAGCCAUACACAGGUUCCUAUGGCAACAUGUCAGAGGGAAGCUCCCGCAGCUCACAGGAGGGCCUUGACGGACUCCAUGGCGAUGGCAGGCAGCAGCCAACUGCACAACGGACUCAGGCGGUGCCUUCCAUUGCUGAGUGCAGAUCCCACCCGCCGGUAACCAGAGUGUGCACCAGCCCUCAUGUUGGCAAAGACACAGGGCGACCACGUCUGCAACUAAACAUCAACGACCCUGUGACGUCGCACCUGAACAGCACACAGGGCCUCCAGCGAGCAAGCGGACUUGGGGUCAACCAUACUUCAAGACCUCAAAGCGAUGCCGGGCUCACCGACGGCCGCUCUCCUCCCCCUUAUAACGCUCAUCAUCGACUGGCUAGUUCACAAAGCUCACCUCAGCUCGCCGUAGCUCAGCGGCCCCCUCUGCAGCACGGGAGGCCGAGCAUGGCGCAGAAUAACUCAGCCUCUACAACAGAGGCACAAAUGGUGCCGCAGAGCCCAGAGUGGCAGGACUGGCAGCGGGACCGGUGGCAGAUCUGGCAACUGCUGUCCUCAGACAAUGCUGACACACUGCCUGAAACGCUGGUGUGAGCUUUGACCAUGAACUCCAGUAUCUCAGUAACUAAAGAGAUUCUGCUCUGCUAGCCAAUCAAUGGCAAGAUCAAACUUUUUCCCCUUUGACAAUCACACCUAAUCCUCACUUUUCAUAUUUUCUCUCAGCUUGCAUUUCAUCUAUUCAUCCAUGGAUUUCUUCCUUUCCUCCCGUACUACUCCUUCAUCUUAGCGCCAUGGCGUUGUUGUUUACGUGUGCAGCUGCUGCCUUACAAAGACUUUUACAUCCAAGAGCCACUAGUAUUUCUCGUUUUGUACAGAUGUUCAAACAUUGCUUCUGUUCCUAGCCCAUAUGUUUCAUCCAUAAAGAGUUGGGAGUGUUCAAAAAUGUCCACCAGAAAUACCUCAAAAAAAACAAAAAAAAACAAACAAACAAACAAACAAAAAAAUACAACGUCUCCUUUCACAAGGACCAUAUUGUCUUUUCCGGUUUAGUUCAGCCUCCAUAUCUCAAUGGAAAACAAUAGGAAAAUAUUUGUUUCUUGAGUUUAUCAUAUCUUCAUUUCACUUUAUUUUUAAAACAUUUUUAAAUAAAAGGUCACCAUACAGACACUAUGAUGUACGCAUUAGUUGCUGCUAAAUUUAGAAUUUUGUGUGUGUACUUCUAAUGUAGUUCAGCCACAGAACUGCAUGUCGAAAAUGAUCAAAUAUAAAUUACUUUUCAAAGUCACAUUAUGUUUGACUGUAUAUGUACACAAACUGUUGACAACCAUACAUAAAAAAUAAAAAAUAAAUAUAUAUAUAUAUAUAUGUAAAUUGACAUGUAAAGUAUAUAAUUUUCCAAUCUACCUAAAAGUAAGU